AUGGAAAUACACAGUGUUGGUCCCUUUAUUAUUGGUAAAACCUUGGGUCAAGGUACAACUGGUAAAGUUAAACUUGGUUUCCAUAAAGAUACUGGUUUCAAAGUUGGAAUUAAAAUUAUCAAUAAAGAAUUAUUAAUUAAUAAACCAUCAAUGCGUAGAAAGAUUGAAAGGGAAAUUGUUUUAAUGAAACUUAUUGAUCAUCCAAAUGCAAUGAAAAUGUAUGAAGUUUAUGAAACUUCAAAAUAUUUAUUUUUAAUUUUAGAAUAUGUUGAAGGUGGUGAAUUAUUUGAUUAUUUAGUUGAAAAAGGUGGUUUAGAAAGUGGUGAAGCAUUAUUUUUCUUUCAACAAAUUAUCAUUGGUUUAGAGUAUUGUCAUAGUAGAAAUAUUUGUCAUAGAGAUUUAAAACCAGAGAAUUUAUUAUUAAGUGGUGAUAAAAGAAUUAAAAUCGCAGAUUUUGGUAUGGGUUCAAUUGUUCGUAAAGAUAUGUUAUUACAUACAAGUUGUGGAUCACCACAUUACGCCAGUCCUGAAGUGGUAUCUGGUAUUGAUUAUGAUGGUCAAAAAGCUGAUGUUUGGAGUUGUGGUGUUAUUUUAUAUGCUCUCUUAACUGGUAAAUUACCAUUUGACGAUGAAAAUAUCAGAAGAUUAUUAAAUAAAGUAAAGAAUGGUGCAUUCUCAAUGCCACCAUAUAUUCAUAAAGAUGCACAAGAUUUGUUAACUAAAAUGUUAACAGUUGAUCCAAGUAAAAGAAUUUCAAUUAAAGAAAUUAAAGAACAUCCUUGGUUUGUUUCAAAUUUCAAUCAAUUUCAAAAAGCAACUCCAGUUGAAGAAAUUAAUGCCGAACCAUUAGUUGAUUAUUCACAAAUCGAUGAAGAUAUAUUCAGAAGUUUAAUGGCACUUGGUGUUGGUACAAUUGAUGAAGUUAAACAACAAUUAGUUUCUAAUCAAAAAUCAGCAACACUUAUUUAUUAUAGAUUAUUAGAAGAAAGAAAGAAAUUUGAUAGUGAUGUAAAUAAAUAUGGUUAUAAACCAAAAGAAACUAGAAGAAACAGUUUAUCUGAUAUGUCUUUAAAGAAAAUAUUUAGCGGUUCAAAUAAUAAUAAUAACAACAACAACAACAACAACAACAACAACAACAACAACAACAACAACAACAACAACAACAACAACAACAACAACAACAACAACAACAUCAACAUAAAUAACAACAAUAAUAAUAAUAAUAAUAAUAAUAAUAAUAAUAAUAAUAAUAAUAAUAAUAAUAAUAAUAAUAAUAAUAAUAAUAAUAAUAAUAAUAGCGCAGUUGGUAAAUCAAAUGAUUCAUCAUCACAACAACCACCACAUAUUCAACAACCACAUAGUCAACAAAUUCCAUCAAACUCAACAUCACAAGAAUCAAUGCAAAUUAGUCCAAGUAAUAGUGCAAAUAAUAUGGCAAUUCAACAACCAAUUAUAAAUAAUAAUAAUAAUAAUAAUAAUAAUAAUAAUAAUAUAAAUAACAAUAUAAAUAAUAAUAUAAAUAAUAAUAUAAAUAAUAAUUCAAAUAAUGUUAAUAGACCAACAUCAGAAGGAUUACUUAAACAAGCAUUACAACAACAUCAUCAACAACAACAACAACAAUUUAAUGGUAAUAAUAAUAACAAUACAAUGAAUGUUCAACCAUUAACAAUGUCAGCAUCAUCAUCAUCAUCAUCAUCAUCGACAACACCAAGUUUAUCACCAAAUUCAUCAACAACAUCAAGUACAUCAACCUCACCACAAUUAUCAGCAAUUAAACCAGACCAUUAUCAAAGAAGAGGUUCAAUGACUGCUAGUACAAAUCCAGCAACAUCACCAACCAUGUCACAUAGAGGUAAAACUUCAUCACCAAUUGAAAUAACAUCAAAGGUUAGAAAAUUAAAAAUUUCAGAAUCUCAAAGUAAUACACCAAAUUCACCAAUAAUUGGUAGUAGUCCAAAGAAAUCUUGGUUCUCUUAUUUCUUUUCAAAAAAUAGUAGUAGUAAUAAUUUAAAUGCUGCUAAUGGUAGUGCACCUUCUUCACCAUCUCUUCAAUCAAAUGGUGUUGGACAACUACAAACUACUCAAGCAAACUAUGUAAUUGAAAGUAAAAUCGAUGUCAAUUUAAUUUAUGUAAAUUUAGAAAAAAUAAUUAAAAAGUAUGGAUUUGAAUUAAAAUAUCAACAACAACAACAACAACAAAAUAUCAAACAUUGUAUAGUUAGAUCACAUCAUAUAAAUUCUGAUGGUACUCCACAAUUUGAAUGUGAGAUUGAAAUUAAACCAUCAACAUUUAUAAAUCCAGUUUCACCAUCAAAACAACACCAUCAUCAUCACCAUCAACAACAACAACCACAACAACAACAAAUGCCACCUCUUAAUUUGAAUGGUGGACAAAAUAUUAAUCAUGAUCAAGGUUUUAGAGUAUCAAUUAUUCAUAAAUCAGGUUCACAACAUAAGUUUAAUAAUUUCACAAGCUCAUUGGAACAAAUUUUAACCAUCUAA